CCUUCACGCGUGCUAUUCGGCGACCGAGAUUCCUUCGCCCCGACCAGGAACCCUGAAUGCCAUCGGUAAUACUCUGCAAUGCGGCUACUGCAACGAGAUAACUCCAACAACUACAUCCUCACCGCCGAUCUGCGCGCUGACGACAGUCCCCCCUACGCAAUUCUUUCCCACACCUGGGGCGAAGACGAGGUUAUCUACAACGAUGUCAAAACGAAUUCCAAUGACUGGCAACAGAAAGCUGGCUACGAUAAGAUCAAAUUUUGCGCCGACCAGGCCAAGCGACAUGGCCUGCAGCAUUUCUGGGUAGACACCUGUUGUAUUGACAAAUCAGACGCCAUCGAACUCCAAACUGCAAUCAAUAGCAUGUUCAGGUGGUACCGCAGCGCGAAGCGAUGCUACGUGUUCCUGUCCGGCGUCUCUUGUCUAUCGACCUCCUGUUCUGCAACAUCCAGUCAGCAGCCAGGUGUGGCAUCGUGGGAUAUCGCUUUCCGAGGCAGUCGGUGGUUUACGCGGGGCUGGACACUUCACGAGCUCAUCGCCCCGCAGACUGUCGAGUUCUACUCCAAGGAAGGUGUUUUCUUGGGCGAUAAGAGGUCACUAGAGGCUGUCAUACGCGACGUGACAGGGAUUCCUGCAAGGGCUCUACGGGGCACACCAUUGUCUGACUUUACGACCUCCGAACGCGAGGCGUGGGUCCGCAAUCGGGAAACAAAAUACGAGGAAGAUAUGGCAUACUCGUUGCUUGGGAUAUUCGGCGUCCACAUGCCACUCAUCUAUGGCGAGGGUCGCGAACAAGCACAGAGAAGAUUGCGAGAAGAGGUACAGAGAUCUGUAAAAGGCACUCACCACAACAAGUUCUCGAUCAGCUUUAGCCUGUCGGGCGUCCCUGAGACUCCACAUUUCGUAGCAAGAGAUGCAGAAGUAUCCGAGAUGCGGAGAAUGCUGUGCUCAGAUGGGAGCCGUCGCAUUGUCGUACUCCAUGGUCUCGGCGGCAUCGGCAAGACACAGCUCGCUGCGACCUAUAUCAACCGGUAUCGAGACGAGUACUCGGCCAUCUUCUGGAUCAAUAUCAAAGACGAAGCGUCUAUUCAGCAGAGCUUCGCUAGGAUCGCAACGCAGAUCCUCGAACAGAGUGCCGACACCGGCAGCCUCAAGGGACUGAACCUGCAGCAGGACCACGACAAGAUUGUCCAGGCCAUGAAGGCGUGGCUCAGCCUGCCAGGCAACACCAGAUGGCUCAUUGUGUAUGAUAACUAUGACGACCCGAAACUUCCAGGACGGAAAGCCGACGCAGUGGUCGACAUACACCAGUUUCUUCCUGGUGCACAUCAGGGCUCCAUAGUGAUCACAACACGACUGUCGCAAAUCGACAUGGGAUACCACAUUCGAGUUGACAAACUCAAAUCCGAACACGAGAGUCUAGAAAUACUAUCAAAGGUAUCGGGCCGGAAUGGCUUACAAGAUGAUGGUGAUGCAAAAGACCUUGUGCGAAAGCUGGACGGGCUUCCCCUCGCUCUAGCUACGGCCGGAGCAUAUUUGAAGCGCGUUCCAAUUAGCAUACGUCAGUACCUUCGCUACUACCAGGAAUCUUGGGAAAGAAUCACCGGUAAUCUGCAUCUCAGAUCCUACGCAGAUCGUACCUUGAGUUCAACAUGGCAGCUGUCGUAUGAGCAUGUUCAGGCACAGAACCCACUUGCGGCUGAUCUGCUUCGGUGGUGGGCCUACUUCAACAACGAAGACAUAUGGUUCAGUCUUGUGCGGGCCAGAAGCGAAAUGAGCCCCGUGUGGAUGAAGCAGCUUUCAGAAGAGCUUAACUUCAUCGACGUAAUGGGCGUGCUUCACGAUUAUGGCCUUGUAGAACCUACAACCAUGUUCCAGGAGACACAAGGGUACAGUAUACAUGGUUGUUUGCAUUCUUGGACGGUCCAUAUAUUGAACGCGGAGUGGGACGGCUGGUUGAACAAGCUUGCAAUCGAAAGCGUGGCAUCGCAGGUUCCAUCAGACGAUGAAGCCGAAUAUUGGCUAAUUCAGAAGCGACUACUACCACAUGCGAUCCGGUCUUGUUCAACAGUACAGAAGAGCGAUGUUCCUUCGGACUGGGCUUUCCAUUCUCUAGGUAAUCUGUACUGUGACCAGGGGAAGCUGGAUGAGGCGGAGAAGAUGUACUUGCGGGCGCUCGAUGGGAGAGAGAAGGCACUCGGACCAGAUCAAGUUGCGACAUACCGGCCAGCACCCAUACGAACCUAGGAUCUUUGCAAUCAGACCAGGGCCGUUUCAGACAAGCGCGUCAAUAUCAUCAACGUGCUUACGAUGGUCUUGAGCAGCUCCUCGGGCCAUCGGACCCGGCUGUUCAGUCAGCGCGACACACUCUCGAGCAUCGAGUAGACAGACAGGACGACGAUGAGGGUAUCCGGGAGAGGGCAGCAGAUGCUCUUGGACCUACUGAUCCCGCUCUGGACUAUAAAGUCGGUAUCUGGCAGCCUCUGUGGCCGUGGCUUAUUAACGGCUACAAGCACGUGGUGGAGCGACUUUUCGGGACAUAUCUGUCGUGGUGGCCGCUAUCUGACACAGAGAGACGCCUCGCCCGUGGCUUCACGAGGGUUUACUCAAUGCCUUUUGCUCGACAUGGACAUUUCUA